AUGAUGGAUCUCAUGCUCCGGUUCACAUUGCUGCUGCUUCUUCUCCAUGCAGGCGUAUCCGGGUCAUAUAGCACCGUAAUUAAUUCUAAUCUACCGCGAUUAAACAUUAAGGAAUCUCAGCCUGUUCUCCCCAUACUCUCACCUUCGCCGUUAAUGCCAUUUACAAAUGUUAGUGUGCCAAAACUUUCAGGAAAGUGUCCAUUGAACUUCUCAAACGUCGAAAGCGUCAUAACCACAACCGCAAUUGAUUGUUGGGGUUCACUAGCUCCAUAUCUAGCCAAUGUAGUAUGUUGCCCUCAACUAGAUGCCACAAUAAACAUCCUUUUAGGCCAAUCUAGUGGAACCCUCACCCUUAACGACGACACUCUCGCUAAAUAUUGCCUCUCGGACAUCACACAACUCUUGGAAGCUCAAGGCUCCUAUAACCAACUUCUUGAACUAUGCUCGAUCAACCACACGAACCUCACACGGGCUUCUUGCCCAUUGGUAGAUCUCACACAAAUUGAAAACAUUUUGAACAAAUCUAAAGUUUUUGAAUCUUGUAAAAGAAUUGAUCCUGUGAAAGAAUGUAGCCAUAGAGAAUGUGAGAAUGCUAUAACGGAUGCUGCGAUAAACAUGGCUUCGAAGAAUUAUAGUGUGCCGGACAUGAUUGAUGAUUGUAGGAAGAUUGUGCUUCGUUGGCUCGCGAGUAAACUCGAACCUUCUGAUGCAAGUAAAGUUUUGAGAGGAACUUCUAGUUGCAAGAUCAAUAAAGUUUGUCCGCUUGUCUUUCCUGACACGAAGAACGUUUCAAAAGCAUGCGGAAACACAAAUAAUAACCAAACAACUUGUUGUGAUACCUUGGAGCAUUACAUUACUAAGUUGCAAGAUCAAAGCUUCAUUACAAACUUGCAAGCCAUAAGUUGUGCUUCCUCGUUCGCUGCUAGUUUGCAAAAAGCAAAUGUUUCGAUUAAUGUAUACGACAUUUGUCGUGUUAAACUCAAAGAUUUCUCACUCCAAGUUGGAUCAGAAGACUCUGGUUGUUUGUUUCCAAGCUUGCCUUUCGAUGUGACGUAUGAUCAAAGUUCAGGAAUCGACUUUAAAUGUGAUCUUAACGACAAUGUUGCAGCACCAUGGCCGCUUUCUCCUCAUUCUUCGUCUAAUCCAAGCAGUGAGCUUCCAGCACUUCCUAAAGCAACAUCAGAUCAUAAAGGGCUGCAGGAUAAACUGUGCAUUUCAACUUUAAUAUUGAUGCUCACCUUGUUGCUUGUUCAUUUGAUGCUCAACUUAGAGUCAUGACAACACGCGACAUACGAUACGAUUAGCAGCCACGAAAGCUAGUUUGGGCACGAAACUGCGAGUUACAUGGUUCAUAGAGUAUGCGCGUGCUAAUUGUAAGCAUCUAGCGUAAAACAAACGAAUGUAAAGUACUCUACCGCUUAGCCAAAGAUUCGUGAAAAAUGGUUUUUGAUCGAUUUUACUCGUGAUGUCGUUGUAGAUGUUUUAUGCAUUUUACUUGGUGUGAAUGGAUUGUGAACAUUCGUGAAA